UCGGUGCUUGUUAGUAGGAAGGCGUGGUAAAUUCGGACCUCACCUUCGAAUCAUAUUAUAGAAAUGAAGUCCGUAGGGGAAGCAUCCUGUAACACGCAAGUUUAAGCAGCAGGUAGAAAUCCACCAUAAUUUAAGGGAAUCGUGAGCAAAUACAGAAGACGGGUGUCCAGUAUGGCGGAUUUAACCGCCUACCUAUCAGGUAAACUUGUAUUUUAUAUGAAGCUUGGUUUACGGAGGUGUGUUAGCCAUCCAACUACCGGCUAGCUUGGGUACAGCCUGACUUUAGUGAAGUCGACAUUGACCUAAAGCAACCAUCAUCUUGAUUAUACAUGUCUGCACUGACUUUCUGGUUCACUUCCAUGGGUGUGGAUGUAACAUCCUUUCCGAUUUAUAAAGAAGAUCAGAAGCAAGAAAAAAUAAUUAUUGGGGUGAAGGCAUACUUGUAACAUUCCACUUCUCAAAGUCUGUUUCUUAGGAGGAUAACGGAGCUAGUUAUGUGGAGCACAUUGCCAUGCUUAGGUCUAUUGUGUCAUGAAAAAUGUUUUGUACUUUACUUAUUUGUUAUACUGCGUUUCAUUGCACGAGCUGUGUAUAAACACGGAACAGGUAGACGAUACAGUCCCUUGUGUAUAAAUAAUAUUUGUAUACUGUGGAGUGUACACUCUACCCCUACCCUUCUCUCUUUCACUCUUUCCUAGCUAUCUCUCUAUAACUGCUUCUCUGUUUUUCUUGUCUCAGUUGUUUUCUGUAGACUUCCGUCUUCAACCACUGAUGCAACACAAAAAAGCCAAACUCGUGUAUACAUGCAGGCAUCUACAGAUAUACACAUGCGGCCAGACGAAUACAAACACGUGCGCACACGCAUACACAUACACACAAGCACAUACACACACGCCCACACACACAUGCGUACACGCUAACACACAUGCAUAACCGCACUCACACACACAAACGCGAAUAAAGCAGCGUUCUCAAUCAUCCAAACGCAAACAAGAUGUAACAUGUAGCACCUCAAACUUCACGGAAACCACGCAAAUCAUCUGGUCAUAGCUGUCUUAACGACGAGUAAACUUGCAAAAGUCAUCACAUUUUUUUUUUCUUUCUCUUUUUCUCUCGUUCUCUCUCCCUCGAGUGUUCCUUCUUUUGUCGAUGAUGAGCCGCGAACCCUGAAACUGGUUUCGUGAUCAUUACGCGAUGGCAUUUUCACAAUCGAACCUCCCUAUUGUUCUUCUUUUCGCUUUUCAUUUAAAAGUAGAUCCGUAGUUCAGGCGGUGGCAACGGAGAAGCGUAAGUCAAUGUCAGAACGUUAGACUAAGGUCACGGGGUCACGUUCUGUCAACGCAAAGCCUGGAAACGUUUUCUCGCGCGCGUCGUCGAGACCAUCGCUGCCCAGUCGGCGAUUCAAAUGGCUCGCCCUCCCAGACCGCUCGCUUAACUAGCAAAGCUAUUAAGGGGGAAAGGCGAUUGAGUAACUGCCUCCCGUUGGGCACGUGUGUGUGUGUGUGCGUCCAUCAUGCGAUCGAACGUCGAGAGCCCGACUGCCGUCUUCUCAACAAGUUCUGGAACAAUAAGGUUUCUGGAGUUUAGCAAUACGUUGUGGUCUGACUAUCAGCAAAGCCAGCAGCAACAGAAACAACAGCAGUAGCUGUGGCAGGCAGGCGUUCGCCCUUCACCCUCACUGGGUGAGGCUGGAAACGGUGCUUGACUGGCAAGAGAGAGAGAGAAAAAAAAAAAAGACUGGCAUGCAAGCUGUUUCUCCGACUCAUGGGACACCACGGCGUUUAACCGCACAGGCACGCACGCAUGCACGCACGUGCUCCCACACACACACAGCUUGGUCUUCAUUGGUCUGUCUAAUACACUUGUUUCGACGUCAUGUCCCACCUCUGCGGUAUCUUCCACAUUCGUCCAAUUUGCGCCCGCUAAACCAACAGCCAGGAACUGCAUUUCUACAUGGACGGUGGGAAACAUUGCGGGAAGUCUCCCCAUCGCUGCCAGACGCUUAGCAGGAGGGAAAAACGCACUUGUUGGUACCGAAGAUGAGUUGUAAUAUUCCCUACCCCUUAAAAAAAAAAACUAACGUAAAGUAUGGACGUUGUUAAGCCAGUGGUAAAUCAAUGGGCAAAUUAAAGCCAACUUGCAUGCUAAGCCAGACCGCUUCUGGCUCAGGAACAUGAAUGAGGGAUUUUAUGGCACCUGGUCCGUAAUUAAAACAGACGGAUGACAGUGUCUGUGUAAGCCAGGGUUCAGGUGUCAGGCUCAGUCUUCUUUAUCUGUAUGACCCUUUCCGGCCUGCGAGCCUGGUGGACAUAAAGAAGCAUUUCGCCUCAAGCGUUGGGAGAGUAACCAUGGCACGAGGUGACGGUUUUUCGAUGAAACAUCGUCGACGACCUGCGAUGUGUCGUGAUCUCCAGGGGUCAUUGUACUGAGCUAACAUUUCUCUUUCUCUCUCCUGCCGGAGGGUGUGUUGUUGCUAAUGAACGCUUUGGCGAUGACAUCCGCUUUAAUUACAUCCUGAAGUGGAUGGCAACACUGUGUGUGUGUGUGUGAAAUCUCUCGUGUCGUCAAGGAAACGAGAAACGAAAGAGGUUCCGCUCGGUGGUCGCGGCCUUCUCGAAGCUGCACCAGCAUGGUGGCGGUGGUGUUGUUGGUGGUGACAGUGGCCACGUUGAAGGACAGCAGCGACGACACUGACGGGGGAGCGGGUCCGUAAGGACAACUGAGUCGCCGCAGCCCUCCUCCUUCGUCCCGCAGUCUGCUGCAAGUGUGCGCCGUACGUGUUUCUCAGAUGGAGGACGCGACGGCGAGGAAACAGAUAUCGACGAAAAGAGGUGGGAGCGAUGGAAGAUUCUGUGUCGAGGCUUGCGAUAAACAACUACUAGAAGAAGGGUCAGCGUAAGGUGUGCCACGCCACUCCGCGUGAACCAAGGGUUCAAACUCACUCUUUUCUAAAGAGGCGGAAAAAACGGAGCCAAAAUGGGCUCACAACGACAGGACCACUCCUCGCUGGCUGCAGUCUGCUGCUGCCUCUGUGACUGCUAUUUCAGAUGUUUUGUGAAUUGUCUCCCUUGUGAUGCCACACGUGGUAGGCUGUGCGUCUUAACUUCGGCUUCCAGGAUAUGUGGACAUCUUUCUCUCUGUGAAUAUCACUCCAAUCUAGCAAGACCAAGUUUUUCUUUUAACAGUCAAUAUGGCGGAGAUGAAAGUCACAGCCCUUACGGGCUUCUCUGCCCUGCCUAACGUGUCGGAAUCGGACUGGUUCACUCCAGCGCUUCUGUCGACAGCAGCGCCGACUGUAGGCAAACCCAACAUGGGCAACGCCACCAUCCACCAGACGCCAUCAGAUCUGGAGGAGUUCUGCGCGUGGUACCGGACCAUCCACGGCGUGGCUGCGCCUAUCAUCUGCGCACUGGGCAUCGUGGCCAACUGCCUCAACAUUGUGGUGUUGACGAGAAAGAACAUGGUCAGCCCGACCAACGUCCUUCUCACAGGCCUGGCCAUUUCAGAUGGCUUGACUAUGGCCGCUUACUUCCCCUAUGCCAUCCUCAAUUAUCACAUUUACCUCCGAGACUCGCCGUUGGCCAACGCCAAGUACAUCAUGUUCUUCGCCAUCUUUAGCGUCAUCGUCCACUCUAUAUCCAUCUGGCUGACCGUGUCUCUGGCGGUCUUCCGGUACAUUUUCAUCCGCUAUCCACGGCGUGGUGCGAAGCUUUGUAGCAUUCAGCGGGCUAACAUCACCAUCGCCGUGGUCUGCGUUAUCGUCACGGCAGUCUGCAUCCCAAACUCGGUUAGUUAUUACCUUGUGGAGAAUCGGAUGGAAGGAAGCAACACCAGUUUGUGGGGCAUCGACGUGCGCGGCGACGCACCUGGCUACAUCUUCCUUCAGAGCUUUAAUCUCUGGAUACAGGCCAUUUUGGUGAAGCUGUUGCCUUGUUUCCUGCUCGCUAUUCUCUCCAUCCUGCUAAUAAAGCAGAUGAAGGAUGCGGAGCGACGCCGCAAGAAACUGCUCAACAAGAACGGCAAGACUGAUGACGAGAGCAAACGUCACCGGAAAACCAACCGCACGACCCGCAUGCUCGUUGCCGUCGUCGUCCUCUUCUUCGUCACCGAGACGCCCCAGGGCGUCCUCCAGCUCCUCGGUGGUGUCGUCGACGGGUUCUUCCAUCACGUGUACGUCCCCCUGGGUGACAUGAUGGACACGCUGGCCCUGAUCAACAACGGAAUCAACUUCGUGCUGUACUGCACCAUGAGCAAGCAGUUCAGGGACACCUUCAUCAGGAUCUUCCUCUGUGACCUCAAUGCUGAUAACUCCAAGCGGAGCGCUCUCCUGAUGUCUACGCAGCCCACGAGAGACACUGAAGUGUAGUUUCGAGAUGUCUACCUAAGAAUUGGGCUUUCCGUUUGUCGGAGUGGUCUGCUGACCUAGCUUUCUUGUUUACUGCGUAAAGAGGGAUUGUUUUAUUUAAACAAGCUAAACCAGUCCCAGACACUGGACAGUUUGUUGCUUGUUGUUUCAGUACCAUGCCACAGCUAUGGACAUUGCCAAAGUGGAGUUAGCGCUUAUGUAGGUGAAUCUUUUGCUCUUGCUGGACCUCUUUCAGAGACAGGACACUCUUUAAUGUCGAGUGUAACCUCGACAUCGUUGUGAAGUUCUUUUGACAUGGACAUCUUCCACUAGAUCAUCUCUGUGUCCUUGGCAACAGAGCUUCAACACUCUUUUCAGUUUUUCGGCGUUGCUAGCAUAUUUAUAUAAAAUGGAGAGUUAGAAGAAAGAAAACAGUUAGAGCUUAUGCUAUAUCUACUUAAAGUGAUUUCUGAACCGAUAGCUACGUUUUAUAAGUACUGUAGUCCCAAAUUUUCGUGGUCCUUACUAUUAAAGUUGAAAGGACAACAGGUUUAUUUCAGUAAGGUCGACUUUCUUCAAGAAUUUCCAACGCUGUUACGAUUGAGCUAAUUAUGAACUACCUGAGGUCAUUAAGCUUAAGUCAUGAUAUGAAUGAAUAUUAGGAAUACUUUUUUCAGACAUCAUAUUACACAGAAAUAAUCUGUAUAAAUAUUUAUUUACCUCUCUGCCUACUUACAAAAUUUGAACACGCUCAAUCUCGUUACAGUUUAAAGAAACUGUCAGAUGUCACUAGAAUGAUAGAAAACAACUUUGAUACCACAGUUACCUGAACAUUUAAUUAAGGAGGAUAAAGUUUUUGGCUCAGGUACUUCUAAAUCAACAGAAACAGAACCUGACACGUCACGAGUGAAGUAAACAACGGAAAAAAAGUGAGAAAAGAAGUAAAGAGCGGAAAAAAGAGGAGGAAGAAGAUGAAAUACCUAGAUGUUUAGUGCAGUUUAUAUUACAGCGAUCGAAUGAAUGAACCCUUCUGGUCUUUGUCUAACACCUUUCGCAGCCUCUUUCUGGGAGAGGACACGUUCGAUCUGUUUUACUUGCUUGCCCGCCCUUCGUGAUGCAAGUAUCUGCUAACAUCUCAAGCAAGCUCUCUAAACACAUUUGGCCACUUUACACUGCGAUAAAUAUUUGCACUUUGACUGAGUGGCGGAAAGGUUUUGGUUUACUGUUGUCCAGUUUAGGCCUUUCUUCGACGUGUCUUCGAUCCACACCACACAUUAUAAACUACUGCCAGAAUGUUCUGUGUGCUGAAGCAGUUGGUUUGGGUUCUGUUUUGUUUGUUUUAAUUUCUGGGAGAAAAGGAGACAAACUUCUAGCAGUCACGUGGUCGCUUAAGGCUUUCAGUUCCAAUCAGUCAUCGUCUUAUAUGAGCGAUAAGAUUGUAUAAGCAUGGCCUCCUGUCGAUUAGCAAUGGGUUUUCAAAAAAAUAAAACAAGCACUUUUAGUUUGUGUAUUAUACUAAUACUUCAAUGCUUUCAAAUAAUCUUGGGCGCAAAUGGAGAAUUAUUAGGAGUCGGACUUUCAUUCCUGAAUAAUUACUUUUGAACAAUGGAGAUUCUAUUACCCUGUUAUCAACAUUAACCCUAUAUUGUUUCGUUGUUUUCGUGGUGUCUUGUUAUUUAUUAAUAUUGUUGACAUCCCAUGUGUCUGAUUUCUAUUACUACUUAUUAUUUUUUGUAUGAUGUUAACGAAAUGGAGCGAGUCUUUGAUGCCUACAUUGGUUACGUGAGUUUUAGGUGGAAGCAUUGGUAGUGCCAGGUACUUAAAAGUGAUCAGAGGAAAAAGCGAGCAGAGAGAACUGUGGUCAGUAGUUCAUGUGAACAUCUAUUGAGGAUGGUGCAAUGCUGAGGCAGACAUGAAGAAUGUUGUUGUGUUGUGCGGAAAGCCAUUGAGAACAGGGGGAAAAAACAGUUUCACCUUAAAAAGUUGAAAUUGAGAUUGCAUUCUGCGUUCAAUGAUUUUUGUAAUGGUGUCCUUUUUAUGAAUAAUACUGAAAUGGCAUACUGUCGUCGCCUGUGUUGGCUUUUGACCUGCAGUGUGCUGUGAGGAGCUGCCUCCGAUGUUUAAGAGGACGUCAGGAAUCAGAGGAGGUGAACGUGGUGGACUUCGAUCGUUGAUUGGCUGUUUUUUGUCAUGUGCCUAGUGACGUUGUGCUCAACCUAGACACCAUCACCACAAAAGCGUGCCUAUGUUUCUGAGAUGUAAAAGUUUCACCGGAAGUCGAUUCCAAGACAACACUCCCUUGUAUUUUUCCGCUGAAUAUUAAUUAUCUUUGCGUUAAAGUGUAAGAAAUAAUUGUUUCUCUUUCUCUUUCUCUCUCUCUCUCUCUCACUCUCUCACUCUCUCAUUGAUUGUAUAUGAAUCUGUGUAAAGUACUGUGUGGUGUAGACUUACCUAUGUACUUACACUAAAUUCGUAUGUACAUAGUAGGAGAUAGAAACUAAAGCACAGCAUAAUUGCGAGUUCAUUGCCAAGAGAACUUAUUCGUUUGCUGUCUUAAUAUAUCUCAUUACUUGUACUGUCAUAUUUUUUACUCCAUUGUUUUUCUGUUUUGAAACAUUUGAUAUUUACACCUAUCGUUGGCUUGACAAUCGUCAUUUAGUCUCAUAAGCUUUUAUUAUUUUCUUUAUCCGAAUGUUCCUUUCUGACAAACGAUUUGCAGUACGAAGCUCGUAUCUAUGGUCAUAGGCAAUUUUCCGAUGGGUAAAAGUGACCAAACAUGGAUAGAGAACUAUAGGUUAGGUUAACCUUUCUCUUUAUUUAUGACCCACUGAGUAAUUAACUUCAUCUAACCAAUCAGCCAGAGCGUGAAUUCCUGAAAAACAGACAGACUGCGCAUGCGCUAUCUGGUCAAAGGCUAAGGAUGAAGCUAACAAGAAAACUGAAAAAAAACGACAAUAAAAAUUGCAGAAAAUGUAAUUUAUUCACUCUUAGCAAAUGGUUUUCCUUAAUUAAUGUUAGACGAUAAAAAUGUUUUUUAAUGUAGAAAUAAACUAACGAGUAGACAAAGAACCUAAGGACACCUUGUCGACAAGGCCAUUCAGUUUUCUUUCAUGUGAUGCCGGCUACUCGAUUAUAAAUUCAAUAAAACUGUAUGUACCGAAACAGCUCUGUGCCAUUAUUUUAGUCUGGUUUAAUUAUUAGAGCUCGUUAAAGUCUUUGUUCUCCUCUGCUGUUGAAUUACCUUAAUCGAUCUCCACUAUAUCUACCCUACAUAAGAAAAAAAAUAUCGGUAGGCCUCCCCUCUAAUAAAUUACCAGUUUGGAAAAAAAAACGUUUGGGUAGGCCUGCAUAAUUAGCACAGAAUUUUAACCACUAACUAAAACACUUUUACCCAGGUUUUUAUCUUAUCCAGUCAGGGUAAAGUACUUCAUGAAUACGAUCCAAGACUAUAAAGAGUUUAGCAAUGUGGUAGUCAGGAUUCGAAAUAUUAUUUAACUGAUUGGAAAAAGCGAAAUGCAGCGCACCCAGAUCAUUGCUAAAAUAAUUAAAUAAGAUUUUCUUCGAAAUAAAAAUGUCUAGCUACUAUCAGACUAAGUGCUUUGCCACAGUUUAUAAUUUUUAUAUUGGUAGCAUAGCAUCCUGUCCAUAUAGAUACAUUGUUGGACUUUCCAAACGACACUAAUGAGCCUUGGAGAACUGUUGCCUGUCACUUCACACAUCCCAGAGUGCGUCUGAGAUAUGCUUGGAGCAUGAUAAGAUACGUGGCCUAAACAUCUGUAAAUAGUGUUUCACUUGUGUUUAUUAUGAAAGGCCUGUUUGAAAGAACUGUCGCAAAGAUAUGUAAAUAGUGCAUGCACAUACUAGAUGGUAAUGUACAUAACAUAUCUUGUUUCUGCUACAGUGGAAGGUGACGCAGUACAUAAAUUAUACAGUAAAUUAUAUCUUUUGGUCGUUGAGUUAACGGCUCACAAGUUUUCGCUUAAAAUACUUCAUCGAUGAUGAUCUGAUGAAACAUGAUUUCUUUGAACUCCUUUUCUCUUACAUCCUUCGAUGAAGUUUGAAGGAAUGUCGUGGAUGUUGCUAUGAGGUUAACGAGAGAUCGCUCAGUUUCUGACCGGUCUUAUGACAGUUCAUAAGUUUUCUUUGGAUUUAGUUGUGGUUGUUGUAGUUGACCUGCAAUAUUUUUUAUCCAUUUGCUACAAAAUUUUAUAUUGAUGCUUCGAGGCGAGUGUGAAGCAAAAGAAAAAUGCUUCGAGUUACAGAUGUGACUUUGAAGAAGCGCAUCCUUUCUUACAGUGCAUGUUAAAUAUUCUUUGCAUAUUUAUUGUUGACAUUAAAUGACUCAACAACGGUCUGUAAUUUACACAAAAGAGAGCCAGCCCAGCAGCAUGAAUUUGUAGAAGCCACGAACGAGACUGAUAAUCGAACAUGAUUUAUUGUGGUAUACAUACAAUCAGAGACAUACCACACAAAUUUGCAUAAUGACCUGUAACUUUCCAAGAUUUGUAUAGGCUCAGUUUCUGUUGGUGCGUUUGUUCGAGUGUGUGUGUGUGAUAAUUAACAUCAAGGUGAUGACAACUAUUUUGUGUAAUACAUGCUUUUUCCUUCAAAACAAAGUAACAGUUGUUCUUUAUUUGGAAGGUAGUAAAACGAAAGGAUCGAGCACCUUUUAAGAGACACCCAGACACUCCAUCUAUAAAGUCUGUUCACCUAUUCUUCGUGUAAACACAAAUAUUCCCAGAGGGCUAGUUCGUAUAGCGAUUGAUAAAUGCUCAGACAGAGAAAGAUAUCAAUCUGGUAUGUCAUUAGUUUUAAUUAAAAACUUUGUUUCUUUUGGGUUUCUCGUCUUAUAUAUUUUUUAUAUUUUGGGGUGUUUUGGAUGGCUGUUGAUUUCUUACAUUUCUAGCAUAAAGUCUUUGUCUAGGUAGGCUUUUACCAUGAGUUGUUACAAAAUUGGUUGUAUCAGUGUAGGUAAAGAUAUGCUUAUUCCUUUUUUGUCUUUGAUUUGUUAUAUAUCUGUGUAUUCCUAACAAAAAUGAGUAAUUGUUUCAAAUAUCAAAAGUGUCUACAAAAAAGUGUCAAAGAUAAGAAGUUGCUACAAAAUGACAGCUUGUGUCCUGUUACGAUCCUAUAGGAAAGUAUUUAAGCGCUUUUCUGUCAUCAUUUAAUUAAUUACAAAAUUUAAAAGAAAUACCAUUUGAAUGAAACUGACUUUAUAUUUGAUAAGGUUGAAAAACAAUCUUAUGAAGUCUAAUGCACCUUACAUCUUUGUUGUUAAAUAAUUCUAAAAGACUUUGUGGAUGGUAGAGAAUCGGAGUUAAUGAUUCAUCAGUUCUCUCCAGAAACUUAAUAACUGACUAAUUUAUUGUCUCAAGAAUACUAUUUUAGUUUCUGUGUCCUAUUCAGGUCUUCUGGUCCUCACUGCGUGCGUGUAUGCAUGAAUGCGUUCGUAAUUUUUUUCUGGUAGGAGACUGCAAGACCACUUGAAAUAAAUUCUAGCAUCGAGCACUCCUAUUUGCCAAAGUGCUCCACAUAGUUCCACUGUUUUGUUGUACGCCUUGAUUACUGUUGUCUUAAUGUAAUUAUAUUUGUUCAGGUGGGCACACACGAUCUCAAAUAAAACUUUCGCCAGUAUUUCACGUCGAGCCUGUAUACCUGACUGUUGUAGGGUGUGUCUCUCUCUCUCUCACACUGCUUCACGAGCUUCUUUCCAAAUUCCCUUGAAGCGCACCAGGCCCUCCCCUUCACCGUGUCGGCCACCUGGACAUGUAGCCUUGUAUGCCAGCUUUAUUGAUGUGAUUGUGCAGCAGCCGACGUGAAAUAGAUGACGAUGAUUUUAUUUUGCUGAUGACUGUGUCUAUCGCCAUACAUUUUGUCCGGAUUUUCCUCCCGUUUUCCGGACAACACAUGUACCCCGGAAGGCUUACGUGUAUCUCAUGUACAAAGUAUGGUUGUGUAACUUUGGACUCUUGUACACGUCUCCUGGUGUCAAUUUUUACCAAAAAUCGGAGAAUUACAGCGGGUUUGCCCCGUACUACUAUUACUCUGUGUCGCAAACUUCUGUUGUCAUUAUGGAAGUGAAUGCUUGGUCGUCAGUUGUGCUGAUUUAACAUUUUUAUCUGUAUGAAUUAACUUUGAAUUUAAAAAAAAGUGAUGCUUUCCUUUUGUGUCGGAUAAUUCAUUACCUGUUUUUAUUUUCUUGUAAAAAUAAUAGUUUAGAAUCACAUGUCUCAUAAAGUCAUUGACUAAAGAAACUGGCCUUGAAGAAUGUCCACUUUCACAGUUAUUCCUUUGUGUUUGCCAUCUGUAACAUUUUAAGAGUAUACCCUUGCUAAAUUGAAAUGAUCACGCCUGAAAUGUUUCCUUUUUUUUCAAAACUGAGGUCUCGCGCUACUUUCGGUGAAGAAACAUUUUUGACAAGGAAUUAAGCUUCUGCACUCCACCUUUAUAUUUUAAAUUUUUAACCUUCUAUAACUUCUCUUUACUGUUGACUUUCUUCUCCCAUCUGGAGAUGUGAGUAUUGCUGUUUAAUAGCUAUGGCACUGAAGCAGUGCAAGAAACAGACCGUUUGAAACAGAAGAUCUGUAGACUUUUAUGUGUGGUGUUCUUGAAUUGUACUUUGGUUCAAAUGGUUUUGAUACCUCUUGCUUUUGCGUGACAGUCGUUAGUAGAUAUAGUGUAGUGUCAACCAGUAUCUUUGAUCAAUUCCGAUUAUAUCACUCUUCUUUUUCCUUUCAACCUGUCCUAGCGUAACACCCUUAAACAGAUAUUAAACAGUCUUUAUGGGUUUA